AUGGCGACUCUAGCCAUUGACGACGAUAGCACUCGCACUGAGGAGAGAAUCGGCACUCCCACUGCCGAUAUAGGCGGAAGCAACGUUGAAGGCGAUAAUAGCGACGUCACCGACGAUAACACGCCUGCUUUCGAUGACCUCUUUGAUAACGAUAAUGCUAAUCCUGGCCGGAAGGAUAUAGAUAUUAGCUCGAGCGACGACGAUUCCGACUAUGAGUCGGACCUCGAGGAGAUUGAGCCAGUUCGCCCGCGCAAAUUCGGCGAUUCGACGGGCCGGUCAGAGGAUCCGCCACGAAGAAGGUCUGGACCCGAACGGACGCCCUCUAGUGCCUCUACGUCGAAUUCUAGCUGUGCAGCCCGGAGCACACCGCAGGAGAGCAGCCCGACUUUGAUUGCUCCCGGCCCGAUGGCGACUAUCCGGAAAAGCAGCGAACUCGACGAGGAGAUGGCCGAUGACGAUACUCUCGUUGCUGGCAACGGCAAGAUUGCGACCCCCGUGACCGGAAAGGGGAAGGAGACUACCGGAACUAAGCGCGAUAAGACUAAGGGUAAAUCUAACAUGAUCGGGGGACGCCCCGCCACCGGAGUCAGCGGCAAGCAGGCUAGAGUCGACGACAACAUAUCCGUAGUCGCCGCGAAUGCCGCCGCUACCUCGAUCGCCAUAUCGAAGGAGGUCGACGAAAUCAAGGCCAAUGUGAAUAAACUCCGCGAUCAGCUGGUCAACAAGGCGAUCCGAAUUACCGCCUGUGAGGCCACGAAGGAUGCGGUCGACGAGUACAACAAGAACCUCAAGGAGUUCAACGCCCAGAUGGAGAAGAUCGUGGUCGCAGAGGUCGCCAAACCCGCUAAGAAGCGCGCUCCCGGACCCGCUAAGUCCACCGGCAAGACUGGCGCAUCUAACGGGGACGAGAUUGGCUGGGACCAGAACUUUUUCGACGACGAGUGA